GGGUGGUCGGUGUAGGAGGUUGAGUUCAGUUUGAAUACAUCACCAUGGCACCUUCACGUAAGGAGAAGUUGGCGGAGGAGCGAGCUCAAAAGAAAAGGGAUAAAGAACGGAGGGAAUCUAAGCUUCGUGCGGAGUCUGACUUCAGUUUGAGGCCGCAUCCAGAAUGGCCAACACAUAUUGUACGACAGGUACAAUCCACGAGGUUUCUGCCAUACUUCAUCUACGCGCCGGUAUUGUGGUUUGCUCCAAUUUCGUACCUCAAGUUCGUUUUUUGGCUGCUGUUAUUGGGGUUUUUCGCAGAGAUCGAUUUCGGGACAGUUUUUGUCCUAUUUUCCGGUUUUUACUUGGUAUUCACAAACUUUGGGCGUGCGAGGAAGAAGGGAGAGCUAUCGCCAUACUCGGUGUUUAACGAUAACUUUGAGAAUAUGGAAGGCACACUCACACAAGCACAACUGGAGAAAGAGAUGAUGAGGAAAAUGUACUGAGUCGUACAUCACAGCCUGGCGUAUUCGCCCUAGCCUAGGCACCCGUUGGCAUGUUCAAAGGCUGCGUUCGUCAUGGUCGUAAAGACUGACAGUACAGGCUAUCUGCUGUUUGAAGGACAACCCGACUCCUGAUCACAGCGAGGUCAUGGGCGCAAGUAUCGUAUGGCAUCUCUGCCGUGGAGAAUGAUGGGUCCGCCUUACGGCGAGGUAUAUCGUACCAUACGUAUCAGCGUAGGGCUUGCGCGUAAGUCCAUUGGAAGUGUGGUGUACAUAAGCAGACGGCCUGCCAGAACACUGGAGAAAUGGUGGGAAGGCGAGGUUGCUGAAGAGUCGAUGUAUCUAUUGAAGGGUGCGAGUACAAGGGUUUCAAUUGCAAUGUUGUGCAAGCAGCCUCGCAGUGUUUGUUCAGUAGUUCUAAAGGGGGUGUGGGAAAGGGGGGGGGGGGGUCACCUCCCGG